GGAGGUGGAUGGUGCCAAAAUGUUGCACAAUGUCUUAUGAGGAAGAAUAGCAAGUACGGCUCUAGUGCAAAAAUGGAAAACCAAGUUUAUUUCUCUGGGAUGUUGAGUAAUGAACAGAAAUUUAAUCCAGAUUUUUACAAUUGGAAUAGAGUUUUUGUUAGAUAUUGUGAUGGAGGAUCCUUUACGGGAGAUAUUGAAGCAAUUGAUCCUGGUACUGGACUUCAUUAUAGAGGGGCAAGAAUAUUCAAAGCUAUUAUGAAGGAAUUAUUGGCCCAAGGAAUGAAUAAAUCUGAAAAUGCUAUACUCUCUGGAUGUUCAGCAGGAGGAUUGACAACAAUUUUGCAUUGUGAAAAUUUUAGAAUUUUAUUACCAAAUAGUGUUAAAGUUAAAUGUUUUUCCGACGCUGGCUAUUUUGUUAACAUUGAGGAUAUUUCAGGGGAACUAUUUAUUCAACAAUUCUACAAAGAUGUUGUCACUUUACAUGGCUCUGUAAAGAAUUUGCCUCCGUCGUGUACUUCAAAGUUGGAACCAGGUUUGUGUUUUUUCCCUCAAAAUGUGGCUCAACAAAUUCAAACGCCACUUUUCAUUAUAAAUGCAGCAUAUGAUAAUUGGCAGGUAAGGAACAUUUUGGUGCCACCUGGUACUGAUCCUAAGGGUGCAUGGAAGAGCUGUGGAGCUAAUAUAAAAACUUGUACAGCAGAUCAGCUCAAAGUUCUUCAAGGUUUCAGAUUGGACUUUUUAAAGGCAUUGGAAGGUCUAGGGUCUUCUUCAACAAGAGGAUAUUACAUCAACUCUUGCUUUACACAUUGCCAAACUCAAAAACAAGCUACUUGGUUUGGUCUCAAUUCACCUAGAUUACUCAACAAGGUAAAGCUAAUUAAUAGAUUUAUGGUUUCUUUGGACAAGUUUUUAGGGGAAAAAAAAUUUGUUUGUUUACCUAUAUAAUUUUGUUCAAUUUGUACUAAAGCGUAAACUACUCGUUUUUCUUUGUUACAGACAAUAGCUGAAGCAGUAGGAGAUUGGGUUCUGGAGAGAAAUCAGUUUCGACAGAUUGAUUGCCCUUAUCCUUGUGAUAAAACAUGUGGUUAAGCUUAAAGCCAGUCACAUAAUUAGUUUACAACAUAUAAAUUUAUGUCUUUCUAUGAGAUUUUAUAGAUGGGGAUUGCGAUAUAGGGAAGAUAACAACUUUGAAUUAAUGGGAUUGUACCAUCAUCAUAUAAUUUUAAUGUCUGUUAAAUCACAAAUGCCAUGAACACAUGAACUAGUUGAGGUGAUACAACCUUGCAGCUCAAGAAAUACUGAUUUAACAAAAAAAAACCUAUCCAUUGAGAUGCAAAGACCAUGGA